UCGGAGACUUUUUGUUCGUUCAUCUCGUCCUUUCUGUUUUCCCCCCCGCCUCCACCUCCUCUGCUGCUCCAGUGGAAAGAGGGUUUCAUCUCCCACCUUACCACCCUCAUCUUGUCGUCGCCUGCUCGCUCGCUGCCUCUUUGGCUGUAUCUCCAGCACUCAGCUGCUUGCCGUCCAUCUCUGCAUCAAGACCAAAGGUCAAGAAGAGAAGCGUGGAGGGGUUCAGAGCCAAGCAUUCAACAGCUUCUCUCGUCUCAUACCGCUGCGGUGACCGCAGCCUUCGGAGGUUGGCUUUCAGCCACACACACCCGUCUUUCGAGGAUCUAUUCGGGGUGUCAUUUGAGCUCCUAUCGCCUGCACUGCAUCGUCCCGCCUCCGCCUCCCCCGCUAUCGACGACCUCCGUCAAAUAUUUCCCUCCACGCUUUCCGCGCGCGCACCUUCCCGCCAGUGCACCUCCCCACCAGAUCAUCUGCCUCCCGCCAACGCCCUCCCCGCCAUUGCAUCCCUCAACAUCGCUCCGCGACAGCAGCUGCAGCAUCCAUCAACCCUCUCUCCAUUCGGGUCCUCAAAUUCCCGACUGGCAAUUCUCGCCGACCCGUAUCGGGAACCACACAGCAUCGAGUCUUAGAGUCUCCCCGCGGAAGGAAAAGGAGCCCGUGUUUGGGCCGCGGAACUAUUGACCACGUGCGUUCAAUCAAGUUUUUGUCAGUGCAUUUUCGUGAAGCGUCGCUCGGAGCGUGUCAGCAGCUUCAUUCUGGAAUCAUGGCUUGCUCCGAGAAAGCGAACCGCGGCGCAACAUCUCUCGUCUGCGUCCUCGUUAUUAGCCUGCUCGCUCUCUGUCUCACGGGAGCUGCCGCGGCUGCGGCGGCGAGUUGCGAGGUGUCAACCCUGUCGGGUUACCAGCACAUGAAAGACCUGACGGGGCAAGGAUUCAUUCUGCACUGGGCGCUGUCGACCCCCAACCAAUUGGACAUGGCCGUUGAAGCGAAAAAAGGGAGCGGCGCGGAGAACGGGUGGAUGUCGGUGGGGUGGUCCGCGAACGGGAAGAUGUUUCCGGCGGAUGCUGUGAUUGGUAACCUGCCGGGUGUAGCAGUCGGCGCUUAUGAUAUUUCCGGAUAUGAUGCGUCCGAAAUUGUUGCGUCGAAAAAGUUUGGGAUCUCGCGCGCGCAGCUGAGCAGCACCAAUGGCGGCAGCACUAUUAUCAAGUUCUCUCGCACUCAGGGCGACGGAGGCAACUCCCCUCUCACCCUCACCGGGGCCGCCACCAACACGCUCAUCUGGGGCUACUCUGCUGCGAGCAGCAAGGCGCUGGACUACCAUAUCACCUUCCGUGGCGCUGCUAAGGUCAGCUUCAACUGCGGUGGGAACUCCAGCGCUGCUUCCGGCGCUGGUGCUGCCGGCAACAGCACUGGUAGCAGCACUGGUGCUGGCAGUGGCAGCAGCAGCAACAGCACUAGCAGUAGUGGCAGCAGCAGUGGUGCCACGUUGCCCGCCUGUGCCGUGUCAACCCUGGCGGGAUACGACCACUCCAAAGACCUCACUGGGAACGGGUUCCUUUUGCACUGGACCCUCACCUCAGCUGGCCAGCUGGACAUGGCGGUUGAGGCCAAGGCGGGGAGCGGGGCGGAGAAGGGGUGGGUGUCGGUGGGGUGGUCAGCCAAUGGCAAGAUGUCUCCCGCAGAUGCCGUCGUUGGGAACCUGCCAGGAGGGGCUGUGGGCGCGUAUGACAUCAGCGGCUACGAUGUGUCCAAUGUGCUGGCGUCAACCAAGUUUAAGAUAUCCAAGGCGUCGACAGCGACUAGCAACAGCGGCAGCACUGUCGUCAAGUUUUCUCGCUCCAAGGGGGAUGGUGGAAUAUCUCCAUUGGAUCUGACUGGUGCCGCCACCAACACGCUCAUCUGGGGCUACUCUGCUGCGAGCAGCAAGGCUCUGGACUACCAUGGCACCUUCCGAGGCGCUGCUCAGAUCAGCUUCAACUGCAACAGCAACGGCGCUGCUGCCGGUAACAGCACGAGCAGCAGCAACGGGAGCAGCAGCAGCAGCAGCGGGAGCAGCAUCAGCAGCAGCGGGAGCAGCAUCAGCAGCAGCGGGAGCAGCAGCAGCAGUGGGAGCAGCAGCAGUUCAGCUAGCAGCAGCAGCAGUGCAGCUAGCAGCAGCAACAGCAGCAGCAGUGGGAACGGGAGUGGGUGCACUCCGUCAUCCAUUGCAGGACUCGAAUGCUCCACGAAGCUCAGUGGCGACAAUUUCAUUCUCCACUGGAAGGCCAACGCCUCAACCAUCAGCUUCGCAUGCGAGGUGGCGACCGCCGGCUGGGUCUCCCUCGGGUGGAGUGCCGACGGCAAAAUGUACCCCGCUGACGCGGCUGUUAGCAGCAGCACUACCGUGGGCCCGCACUCCAUCUCCAGUUACACUGCCGUCUCCCCAACCUCCUCCUUCGCCCUGUCUGCCACGGCUGUUGAGACUGGGGCCAACGGCAAGACAGUGGUCAAGUUUACCCGACCCAUGUCGGGGGGCUCGUACCCGAUCAACGCGAACGGAGUCACCAAUCUGAUCUGGGCUUACUCGGCUGACGGCUCGCAGUCUCUGGCCAACCACGGGCCGAACAGAGGGUCCGCCUCCAUCGAUUUCAUCUCGGGGUCAACCACAGUCUCCUCCACCUCUGCUCCCUCAUCUACUCUUCUGGUGAUCCACGGGUGGCUGCUGGGGAUUGCCUUUGGGAUCCUCAUGCCGGCCGCCAUCCUCAUCUCUCGGAUCUUCCUCGCCGACAAGCUCCAAGAGAGGCCGCCUGGUGUGGAUCACGACAAGUGGGAGGCCCAGGUGGCGCGCGCGAAAUCCUGGAAGCCGAUUGCGUUCGAGACGCACAAGUGGAUGCAGAUCAUCGCGGUUGUACUCGCUGUAGGCGGCUGCGUUUUGGCGUUUGUGCAGUCGGGAUCGGUGGGGCUGCAGAGCUCCCACGGCCAGCUGGGUCUCGUGCUCUUUGUGCUGAUUUUUGUCCAGCCUGUGAUUGGCCAUUUCCGGCCGAACAAGGGGACGAUCAACCGGCCGACGUGGUUCGUUAUUCACUGGGUCGUCGGCAUGGGGAUUGUCGGGCUCGCGUGGGUCAACACGUUCCUCGGGUUCGACAUCAUGCAGACGAAAUACUCGUUCAACCUCCAGUGGUGCUACAUCAUCUUUGGGGUCACAAUUGGUCUUCUGGGUGCCAUCUACAUCAUCAUCUAUGUUACGGACCAGGUUGUGGCGCUUAUUUCAAAGGUCCAAGCAGCGGCAGCAUCGAACGAGGAGAAGGCUGCAGGGAAGGAGCUGGUGGAGCAUGCACAUGCUGUAUAAGAGUGGUGGUACAUCAUAUUUGGGUUCACAAUUGGCCUGCUAGGCGCAAUCUGCAUCGUUUAUGGUAUGGAUCAGGUCGUGGCACUUGAAUUGAAGCUCCAAGAGGUGGCAGCAUCGAAUGAGGAAAAGGAUGCAGGAAAGGAGCUGGUGGAGCAUGGAUUAUGGCCAUGGCGGUGGCUUGGUUUGCCUUGAGUCGACUCAAAAUAUGACUGGAUAUUUUGAGUCGUCUCAAAGCACAGCCGCAGCUUCUGACGGUGAGAUGGGUGCAGGGCAGGAUAUGGUGCAGCACGUAUUGGUUUGCUUUUGAAAGCAUUUGUAGCCCAUUCCUUAAGGAUGGUGGACUACUUUGUGUAAAGCAGAAGGUAGAAUGAUUUGUUGGACGAGAUUGUAUUAUACUUGGUAUGUUACAACUGUUUGUUGAUUUCUUUCUGCGGUUGGA